ACUACGGCCAGUGCUGACCAGCAACCACCAUGGCGUCUCCAACAACCUCCGAAUUCUCUUCCUCUCCUCCCAAGCGAACCAAAAUUGUGCUACUGGGCGACCAAAGUGUCGGAAAGACUAGUCUUAUCACUCGAUUCAUGUACGACACCUUCGACAACACGUACCAGGCGACAAUUGGUAUCGACUUCCUCAGCAAAACUAUGUAUCUCGAGGACCGGACAGUAAGGCUGCAACUGUGGGACACGGCUGGUCAGGAACGCUUCCGUUCAUUGAUACCGUCGUAUAUUCGUGAUUCCUCAGUGGCAAUUAUUGUCUUUGAUAUAACAAACCGACCAUCCUUUCUAUCGACGACAAAAUGGAUAGAGGACGUACGCUCAGAACGAGGCAAGGAUGUGAUAGUCGUGUUAGUUGGUAACAAGGCUGACUUGUCAGACAAACGGGAAGUAACGCUUGAAGAGGCCACGGCGAAAGCAACCGAGCUUGAUGUGUUAUUCAUGGAGACAUCCGCUAAAGCAGGCCACAAUGUAAAAAGUCUGUUCAAAAAGAUAGCCAUGUCGCUGCCUGGUAAAGAGAAGGAAGAGAAGCCGGAGGCUAACACAAAAAUUGAGAUUACGACAACAGCCGCAGACCAGAACCCGGAGGAAUCGCAAUGCAGCUGCUGAGCGACUUCUUGUCCCUCCAUACUAUUUCAUGGCUGGAAGAUCUAGGUCAACGGUAGGCCUAAGCUAACCAGGUAUUUUGCAUACUAAGGACCGUCAGAUAUGUAUAGAUCUACUAAUAGCAACCUUAUUUUUGCU